AUGGUGAAAACCCUAAAAGAAACCCACAAAUGUCUUCAAACUAGAGAUCUUAGAAAGUGUACAGCACGUUUCCUUGCAAAACAACUUGAAGAGCAAAUUGUUCCAAACCAGAAGCUUCAAGCAGGCUUAAUAAGAGAUCAACUGCAGAAGAAGUUUAAGGUUAAUGUUUCAAUGCAUAAAAUAUAUAGAGCAAAUAAGCAAACAAAAGUCAAGUUGAUGGGUGAUUUCACUGAACAAUACAGGUUGUUGAGAGAUUAUCUCCUAGAAUUGCAAGCAAGGAACCUUGGGACCACUGUAAAGCUUGGUUUCGAAAAUGAGACUAAUCCUGAUGUUCAAACCAGACAAUUCAAAAGGAUUUACAUAUGUUUGGGACCUUUAAAAAGAGGGUUCCAAGCAUGUGGAAGAGAUCUUCUAGGUGUGGAUGGUUGUUUUAUGAAGGGGAUGUUUCCUGGUCAGUUGUUGACAACAGUGGGGGUUGAUCCAAACAACCAAAUCUAUCCACUUGCUUAUGGAAUUGUGGAAUCAGAAAGCAGAAGCUCAUGGACUUGGUUCCUAAAAUGUCUUGGAGAAGAUCUUGACUUGAAUGAGAGACAACUUGUUGAUGGAAGGGGAAAACCAGUGAUACUUGCAUUAGAGUAUACUAGGGAAUAUCUAAUGAAGAGAAUUGUGAUUGUGCAAAAGGAAAUUAAAAAGUGUAAUGGGCCUUUAACACCUAUGGCAACAGUCUUGUUUGAUGCAAUUAAAACUGAAGCUGCAAAGUACAAGGCAACCUGCAAUGGAGAUACCGAAUAUCAAGUUGUUAGACCUUGGUUAGAUCAAUGUGUAGUUGAUAUACAAAACAAGACUUGUUCAUGUAGGAAAUGGGAACUCACUGGUAUGCCAUGCAAACAUUCUGUUGCAGCUAUGUGGGAUGCAUCAGAUAAUGAAAGGCCAUGUGGCAUACCUGAGAGUUAUGUUCAUCGUGUGUAUCGGCUUAAUACUUGGAAGGAAAUGUAUAAAUUCAAGAUCUGUCCUGUCCCUGGGAGGACUUAUUGGCCUAAAUCUAACUCUCCAAUCACAAUACUUCCACCGAAGCACCAUGUCCAGAUAGGAAGACCUAAGAAGAAAAGGAGGAAGAGUAAAGUCGAGUUGGAGAUAAUCAAGGCAGGGAAGUUGUCAAGGCAGGGUAAAACUGUGAAGUGUGGUAAUUGCAAACAAAAUGGGCAUAACAAAAGAGGUUGCACACUUGCUCCCAAAGUUUCAAGUGGAAAAGAGAAAGGUGUGAAAGCAAAGAAGGCCAGGAUCGAGUAA